UUACUCGAACAAAAGUUACGUUUCUAGCAAAGAAAUUUAAACCAAAGUCAAACAUGCUCUAAACUUAUUUUGGGUGAUCCAAAGAUUUGAGCAACAAAUCCAAGAGAUCUGCACGCUAGCAUAAGUGGCCAUGAUUUCCUUCCUCGUUUUGCUUGGUGUAAUCAGUUUGGUUUUCUUUCCGUGAGAAGACUGCUAACAGUGGAAGAGGUCAACAUUUCAAACUCAUUACAUUAAUGUUCUUUUGACUGAUUCUUCAUUCAUUUGAAGCCAUUGAAAUGUAUGACAAUGAUUCUGUUGCUAUCAAACAGUAAUAAUGUAUACCCACACGAUCAUCUUUUUCAAACAGCAUGCCUAUUAACCUUGACUUUGGAUGCUAGGUUCAUGCUAGGAGGAAAACUUGAACACUUUUGCCUGGUUUAAGUCACCAUAUUGUAUCAUUUUUAUUUUUUUCAGUAAUCGGGUUUUGUUAGGGAAGUAGAAUUAGCCAUAGAAACGUGAGGUUUCUGAACCUAUUGAGAUUAGCUGAGAAUUUAUCUAUUCGGAUAUUGCUAGUCAUUAGGAAGAGCAUGGCGGCUACUGAUAAUUAAAAAUCACACAUAAUAUGUUCAAACCUAUAUGCUGACAUAAUUGCAACUGGCGAUGACAGAACACAUUUUAAUAUAGAGUUCCUAACUUUAUAGCUUUAAAUUUGAUUCCGCAGAAGAAUUUGUAUAAAAGGAUUUGGCAGACUAGGAAUUUAACCUUAAAAGUACUUUUGCCAGAUAAGUUUUGGCACUGUACGCAAGGCGAUAGUGAGUGGCAAGAAAAAUAGAGGAUUUCAUCAUCCUGAUCACGACCUCAACCCUAUGGGACAUAUGAGUUUAAGAUACUGUAAUUUCUUUACAAGUGAUAAAGCACACUAAGUCGCUAACUUUAUAUGAUUUUCGAUUACCAUCAGCUUGGAAACUAUGGAAGGAAGGAAAUCCUAUGGAUCUUUCAGAUGCUCUACUAGUAACUCUGAACUCAUAAUCUUAAGUGUUAAGAUGUAUCCAUGUUGACUUGUUGAACGCCCCAAAGAUAGACCUUCUAUGUCUAGUGCUUUAUUAAUGUUAGACAUCGAGCACCUGGUGGUAUCUCAACCUAAACAACCUAGUUUUUACUCGGAAAGAUCCCUUCAUUAAUGGGAAAUAAACCUCAUACUUCUAAUGAAAAGCCUGUAACAUUAUUACAAGGUUGAUAGAAUCCUUUUUCUAUCAUCUUGUGGUAAAUUAAUCUAUAUUAAUACGGAAGAAAUUAUUGCUUUAGCUGAGUAAACAAGAAGUUCCGCUUCUGUAUUGCUGUUGUUAGUCUAUUGCUAUCGUAUGAUUGGAAUGCAUAGAGAAGAAAUAAAAGUCACAUUAUUUAACCAAGUUUUUGCUAAAUCCCUUAUGUCCAACGCAACAUAUAUUUAUUCCGUAAAUCAAAUCUAUAUAUUGGUCCACUAGUGACUGUGAAUUUAAGAGUCUUUAAGUAAAUGGUCCACUUCACCUAAAAUGGCCGCGAAUUAACUCAAAUUAGAGAAACGACAGGAUUUCAUUUUCGCUUGUGCCUCUUAAAAUUAAUGAUCCAUUUGGUUAAGUAAUUUACAGCUGUUGUGCCCUUUAUCAAGAAAAUCAUGUACACAAAGUAAAAAUCACAAGCUGCUAUCACAAGAAAUUCAUUUUAAAUAAGCCCGUGAAUUUGACCUUAAGGCUGUAGGUUUUCUGGGACAGCCAUUUUUCUUCUUUCCAUCGAUAACGCUGCCCAUGAAAUUGUAAGGUGGUGAUAAAUUUAUCUUUCUCUAGUGGUUUAAAUAAUUCCCAAUUUCCAAACUUAAGAUAAAUUAUAAAUGAGUUUGAAUUUUCUAACCCCAAACAUAGAGAAGAAAGAAAAUAUGAAAACUGAAAAGACAAGCUUUGUGACAUCUGAAACUAAUAUGAAUGGCUGAAACCCAGCUAAUGUCAAAUGUGUGGUUAAGAUCAUGAAGAGGACAUCCAAUAAAUGUUUUUAAUACUGAUUAACGCAUGAUAGAAGCCAAGCCCCAACGUUCUUACUUCUUACUUCUUACUUCGAGGCCACGGAUUAAAUCUUUAUACCUCCACCGUCAAAGGGAAAUUAUAGAAACAAACCAUGUAUCAUCUGAAGGAAAUCUUGACAUACUUUCUACUGUUUCUUUUUCGGAACUGCUGUUCCACCGAUAUAAUAGGGCCAAACCAGACUCUGAAAGAUGGAAAUAUAUUGGUCUCAAGUGGAAAAGCCUUUGUUCUUGGCUUCUUCGGCCCUGAAAAAUCCAGCAAUCGAUAUGUUGGGAUUUGGUAUAACAAAGUUCCAGAACAAACAGUUGUAUGGGUUGCUAAUCGCGACAAUCCCAUUAAGGGGACCUCCGGAGUUCUUGCAAUCGACACUGCCGGAAAUCUUGUUUUGUUCGAUGGAAAUCACAAUUUUUCUGUCUGGUCAACUAAUGUGACAUCAAUGACUCUGAAAAAGUCACCUUCAGCUCAGCUCAUGGAGACAGGAAAUUUUGUUCUGUUUCAAGAUCAAAGCAAAAGUGUUAUUACAUGGCAAAGCUUUGAUUAUCCUACCAAUACUUUAUUACCUAACAUGAAAGCAGGGUGGAACCGAAGGACUGGAUUGAACACAUCUUUGUCAUCCUGGAAAUCUUUUGAUGAUCCUGGAACUGGUGACACUGUGUUCAAAAUGGAGCUUACAGGCACGCCCCAGUUUUAUUUGUUGAUGGGUACAAAAAGGUUAUGGCGAACCGGACCCUGGAAUGGGCUUGGAUGGAGUGGUGUGCCAGAAAUGGUUUCAAAUUUCAUCUUCAAAAUUCUUUAUGUUGAAAAUGACAAUGAAGUGACUAUAUCAUAUUCUAUAAAAGAUCCAUCAAUCUUUUCAAGAAUGGUGGUAAAUGAAUCUGGGACUCUGGAACGUCUUACUUGGCAAGGAAGUGAGCGUGGAUGGGUGAGAUUUUGGUACGUACCCACCGAUCCAUGUGAUAGUUAUGCACACUGUGGAGCAUUCAGCAACUGUGACCUAUUCAAUUUGAGUGAGUUUGAAUGUUCAUGCCUUCCAGGAUUUGAGCCCAAGCUAGAACGUCAAUGGUACCUACGAGAUGCAUCAAAUGGAUGUAAAAGAAAGCAAGGAGAAAAUAUUUGUGGAAAUGGAGACGGAUUUAAGAAGGUGAUAAAUGCGAAAGUCCCCGACACUUCAAUUGCACAUGUGAAUAAGAGUUUAGAACUGAAAGAAUGUCAAGAGUUGUGCCUAAAGAACUGUUCAUGCACAGCAUUUGCAACUGCUAAUAUCAGUGGAGGAAAUGGUUGCAUCUCUUGGCACGGAAACCUGGCAGAUAUCAGGCAAUUCUCAAACAAGGGCCAGGAUUUGUACAUCAGAGUUCCGGCUGUGGAGAUAGCUCAGGAUACAAGGAACUCAAAAGGCUUUCGUGGGAAGAGAUUGAUGGCAACUGUGAUAGUGUUAAUUUUAGCAAUGCUUCUCAUACUCUUCUUAGCAUACUGGUUGUUGAAGAAGAAGAGAAAAGGUACAGAAGGACAGAUAAAGCGUCCAUUUAGCUUUAACACGGGUUUAGCAUCCUAUGGCGGUAGGGCAGAGGAGAUGGAAGGUACUGGGACAAAUGUUGAAGUGUCAAUCUUUGAUCUGAGCACCAUUGUUUCAGCCACUGAAGAUUUUUCUCUGGCUAACAAACUUGGAGAAGGUGGCUUUGGUGCAGUUUACAAGGGUCGGCUUCCCAAUGGGCAAGAGAUAGCUGUCAAAAGACUGUCAGCAAUAUCUGGACAAGGGAAUGAAGAAUUCAAAAAUGAAAUCACACUGAUUGCAAGACUCCAGCACAGAAAUCUUGUGAGACUUUUGGGAUGUUGCAUUCAACAAGAUGAGAAGAUGUUAGUAUACGAGUACCUUCCAAACAAAGGCUUAGACUACUUUAUCUUUGAUGAAGCAAGAAGAUCACUUAUGGACUGGAGUAAACGAUUCGAAAUCAUCUUGGGAAUUACGAGAGGGAUGAUAUAUCUCCAUGAAGACUCCAGACUAAGAAUUAUUCACAGGGAUUUGAAAGCUAGCAACAUCUUACUAGACACGUCCAUGAAUCCCAAAAUAUCAGAUUUUGGUCUGGCAAGGAUUUUCGGAGUAGACCAAGCUCAAGCAAACACAAAUAGAGUAGUUGGAACCUAUGGUUAUAUGUCACCAGAAUAUGCAAUGGAAGGGCUAUUCUCAGUAAAGUCUGAUGUUUACAGUUUUGGGGUUUUGCUGUUGGAAAUCAUCUGUGGCAGGAAGAAUAGCAGUUAUUUUGAAGAGGAUACGGUGAAUUUAAUUGGAUAUGUUUGGGACCUGUGGAGAGAAGAGAAAGCAUUGGAUUUAGUAGAUUCAUCACUUGACAACUCUUACGAUGCCAACAAAGUUUUGAGGUGCAUUCACGUUGGUCUUUUGUGUUUGCAAGAAUAUGCUCCUGAUCGGCCAACAAUGUCAGAAGUACUUUUCAUGUUAUGCAACGAAACAACUCUUCCUUAUCCCAAAAAACCUGCAUUCAUCUUCAAGAAAGACAACACUCUUCUAUACUCAUCAUCAGCUAGUGUAGAAAAUAGAUCUGUUAAUGAAAUGUCAAUUACUGUGAUUGAAGCUCGCUAAAAGGCUUCCUCUAAAUACUUAGUUUUCAGUUCAAGGGGGUGCAUAUUAGCAC